UGAGGAGUGGAUGCAAUUUCGUGCCACUCGAUUGGACCCUUCGUGGCAGGCUAAAAGAAUAGCUGCCCAAGAACGACAGGCCAAGAAUGAUGCACCCCAUCUAUUGUCAAGAGGGGGAUAUGAAAGAAAAAAAAAGGAAAUGAAGAAGGCUAGGGCAGAGGCAGCAGGGGUUGAGUCUGCUGACCGUGUGGAGUCACCUCCCCGCCAUGAGAUGUGGAUAGCAGCCCGGACAAAAUCAGAUGGGCAAAUGACUUCUGAGUCUGCAAGGGUCGUUGCUGAUAAAAUAGUAAGUAAAAAUAUACAAACUAAGACUCUUCAUUUCAACUCAUUUAAUUCAUAAGUGUAGUUUAGGGUAUACUUAUUGUUAAUAUGUUGCAGGAGGGUUU